AGUUGAUUGGUGAAUGAUUAUUUCUUGAAAUAAUUUUUAAACCAAUAGAAGCUAAGGAUAAACGAAAUUUACCAGCAGGUCACACAACCUUCAUUUCCCGCCGUUCAGAUACCGUACUUAACCCAUGUAACUGCUUCUUUCAGUAGAAUUGAUCUGUGAUAUUUUAAAUAUUACUUUGUGUUUAUAAUUAUGGAAGGCUUCGAUAAUGCGGAAGUAUUUUUUUCCGAUAAUUUUUCCGCUGAAGAUACUCAAAAUGGUAAAACCAUUAAUUUUCAACAGUUUAAGAAAAAAUUUAAAGAAUUUUUGAGACAAUUUCACGAAGGUAACUUUAAUUAUAAAUAUCGAGAUAUUUUAAAACGACAUUAUAAUUUAAGACAAUAUUGGAUUGAGAUUAAUUUGGAAGAUUUAACUGCAUAUGAUGAAUCUUUGGCAGAAAAAAUUAAUAAACAACCAACAGAAUUUCUACCAAUAUUUGAAGAAGCUGCAAAAGAAGUUGCAGACGAAAUUACAAAGCCAAGACCUGAAGGAGAAGAAAAAUUAGAAGACAUUCAGGUUUUAUUUUCAUCGGAUGCUAAUUGUAUUUCAAUGAGAGGGAUGAAACCUGAUACCGUCUCCAAAUUAAUAAAAAUAUCAGGAAUUAUAGUAUCUGCAACUGGAAUUAGAUCAAAAGCUGUUAAAAUGUCUAUUCAGUGUAGAUCAUGUAGGAAUGUAAUAUCUAAUCUUGCAAUUAAACCAGGUUUAGAAGGCUUUCCUUUACCUAGACAAUGUUUAACAGAGCAACCUGGAAGACCAAAGUGUCCAUUAGAUCCAUUUUUUAUUAUGCCUGACAAAUGCCAAUGUGUUGAUUUUCAAACAUUAAAGCUACAAGAACUUUAUGAUCAAGUACCCCAGGGUGAAAUGCCAAGACAUGUGCAACUCUAUGUUGAUCGUUAUUUAUGUGAUCGUGUUGUACCAGGAAAUCAAGUUAUGAUUCUUGGUAUACUUUCUAUUAAAAAAGUAGUUAAAUCUAGUGCUAAAGUUGCUAAUAAGGACAAGUCUCUAGUUGGUAUACGUUCAUCUUAUAUUCGAGUUGUUGGUAUAUCAGUAGAUGUUCAAAAUAGUGGCAAGGGAAGUCGUUCAUCUGCAACUUCUGAGGAAGAGGAGAUGUUUAGACGUUUAGCAGCAGAUCCUGAUGUAUAUGAAAGAAUAACAAAAAGCAUAGCACCUAGUAUUUUUGGAGCAACAGAUAUGAAAAAAGCAAUUGCUUGUUUGCUUUUUGGUGGAUCUAGAAAAAGAAUGCCAGAUGGAUUGUGUAGGAGAGGUGACAUAAAUAUAUUGUUGCUUGGUGAUCCAGGAACAGCCAAAUCACAGCUUUUGAAAUUUGUUGAAAAUGUUGCUCCAGUUGGAGUGUAUACAUCAGGAAAAGGAAGUUCGGCUGCAGGUCUUACUGCUUCAGUAAUGAGGGAUCCUAUAACACGAAAUUUUAUAAUGGAGGGUGGUGCAAUGGUGUUAGCUGAUGGUGGAGUUGUUUGUAUAGAUGAAUUCGAUAAAAUGAAAGAAGAUGAUCGAGUAGCCAUACACGAGGCGAUGGAACAGCAAACAAUCUCGAUUGCCAAGGCUGGCAUCACAACAACUUUAAAUACCCGUUGUUCAGUCUUAGCAGCUGCUAACUCUAUUUUCGGUAGAUGGGAUGAUACUAAGGGCGAAGACAAUAUAAAUUUUAUGCCAACAAUUUUGUCGCGAUUUGACAUGAUCUUUAUAGUUAAAGAUGAGCAUCAGGAAGCCAGAGAUAUUACUUUGGCAAAACAUGUCCUUAGUCUUCAUAUGAACGCAAAUCACACCGAUGAUAAUGUAAUUGAGGGCGAGCUGUCUGUAGCUUUACUUAAAAAAUUCAUUCAUUAUUGUAGAACAAACUGUGGACCUCGUUUGACAAUAGCAGCUGGUGAAAAAUUAAAAAAUCGAUACGUAAUGAUGCGCACUAAUAAAAAUCAGCUUGACAAUGACAGUGAAAAAAAACUCUCCAUACCGAUUACUGUUCGUCAGCUUGAAGCCAUAAUUCGAAUUUCAGAAUCUUUGGCAAAAAUAAGGCUGCAACCGUUUGCAACGGAAACUAACGUCGAUGAAGCACUCAGAUUGUUUCAAGUAUCAACAAUGACUGCUGUUCAGUCUGGUUCUCUUGCUGGUGCAGAAGGUUUUACAACAGAUGAGGAUCACGAAAUGCUAACCCGUAUAGAAAGACAAUUAAAGAGACGAUUUGCAAUUGGAACUCAAGUUUCAGAGCAGAAUAUUAUCACUGAUUUUAUUAAACAAAAGUAUCCAGAAGGAGCUAUUUAUAAAGUUAUUUAUACAAUGAUACGUAGAGGUGAAUUAAAGCAUCGUUUUCAACGUAAAAUGUUGUACAGAAUUUUUUAAGAUAUAUGGAGAAUAUGUUAUUUCAAGAAAAGUACAUAUUUUGUUCACGAUAUA